UGAGUCAUAAAGUUUGAUGUCCUGCCCAAACUUCAGCCGCAAACUUGUUUUUCUCUCCGAGUGAGCUGCCGAGAUUUGGCCUGCGCGCGGAGACUCGGAAGCGAGUGCUGCUCUCGUCGUGGCCGGGAGCCGUCGGGAGCGGGCCGAGCCCAGAUUCCGGAGCAGAAGUGCGCGUUGUUGCCGGAGAAUGAGGGAAAGUGGGAGCGAUCUCAGCUAAACUUCUCACCUGCGGAGUGAGAGCCGCCGCCGCCGCUGCUGACGUCACCUGCCCACUCCUGAAGCCCCGCUCUCCACUCUCGGACGGACUUUCAAGUCGAACAUGGAUCCGAACCAGCACAACCCUCCAGCGGGACACCAGAUCGUCCACGUCCGGGGGGACUCGGAGACCGACCUGGAGGCGCUUUUCAACGCCGUGAUGAACCCCAAGAACACCGUGGUGCCCCCGUCGGUGCCCAUGAGGAUGAGGAAGCUCCCGGACUCCUUCUUCAAGCCUCCGGAGCCCAAGUCGCACUCCAGACAAGCCAGCACCGACGCCAGCAGUGGCGGCGCCCUGACCCCGCACCACGUCCGGGCCCACUCGUCCCCGGCCUCGCUGCAGAUGGGCGCCGUGUCCGCCGGCUCGCUGACAGGCAUGGUCCCAGCCGCCGCCUCGCCGCAGCACCUCCGACAGUCCUCCUACGAGAUCUCCGACGACGUGCCUCUGCCGCCGGGAUGGGAGAUGGCCAAGACGCCCUCCGGACAGAGAUACUUCCUCAACCACAUCGAGCAGACCACCACCUGGCAGGACCCCCGUAAGGCCCUCCUCCAGAUGAAUCAGGCCCCGCCCCCCAGCAGUGUACCGGUCCCGCAGCAGAGCCUCAUGAACCCGGCCAGCGGUCCUCUGCCUGAAGGCUGGGAACAGGCCAUCACCUCAGAAGGAGAGAUCUACUACAUCAACCACAAGAACAAGUCCACGUCCUGGCUGGACCCCCGACUGGACCCCCGCUACGCUCUGAACCAGCAGCGGAUCAGCCAGAGCGCCCCGGUCAAGCCGGGUCACAUGGGCGGUGGCAACCAGCUGCGGCUGCAGCAGAUGGAGAAGGAGCGGCUGCGCCUGAAGCAGGAGCUGCUGCGGCAGAGACCCCAGGAGCUUCCGCUGAGGACUCAGCUGCCGGUCAGUAUGGACCAAGAUGGCGGCAGCAACCCCGUGUCCUCGCCCAUGGCCCAGGACGCCCGGACCAUGACGGCCAACAGCUCCGACCCCUUCCUCAACAGCGGGACCUACCACUCCCGGGACGAGAGCACGGACAGUGGCCUGAGCAUGAGCAGCUACAGCGUCCCCCGCACCCCGGACGACUUCCUGAACAGCGUGGACGAGAUGGACACGGGUGAUCCGCUCCCGACCUCCAUGGCCACUCAGCCCAGCCGCUUCCCCGACUACCUGGACGCCAUCCCGGGCACCGACGUGGACCUGGGCACCCUGGAGAGCGAGAGCAUGGCGGUGGAGGGCGAGGAGCUGAUGCCCAGUCUGCAGGAGGAGCUGAGCUCGGACAUCCUCAACGACAUGGAGUCCGUGCUGGCGGCCACCAAGCUCGACAAGGAGAGCUUCCUCACGUGGUUAUAGGGCGGCCCGGCGGGCGCCCCCUCCUCCUCCCCGCCCCCCCUCUCUUUUGUCUUCAAGGCUGGACCAUGAACUGACAGUUGUGCGAAAGGGUCCCCGAAACGUUCACAGGUCCGUCUGGACCAGGAGCUUCUCUGCCGCCGCUUCUUCAGCUUUAUAAUUUUUCUAUUUCCUGUUCAACCAAAAAUGAUGUAUUUGACGCCAGCGAGCGAUACGGAUUUGGAGUGAAGGUCAGGCGGCGGGAAGGACGACGGCUGGGCCGGCCAACUGUCAGACCAGGUGCCUUCAAGACACGAACAAUGUUGCCGCCGCAAUCCUCCGCCAGACUCUCUCGGUGAUCGCAAGCACCUGGCGUUACGAGCGUUAUCAUGGGCUUGGUUUUCUGCGUCUUCCAGUCUUUGUCUUCGCCGCGAUGCAGCGCCCGCCGUCACGUCCGAUUCUGGAUCCCCCCCCCCCACAUCACAAAUGUCUCUGAGAUAAUGACGGUUCAGAUGGACACGUCUUUCUGCAAGUAAACGAGCAAAGCUUCAAACCGGCGAGCGAAGUUCCGAUAUUUUCCUUGAGUAACGUACAGUAACAGCGUGCGACAAUGCAAAUGCCUUUUCUGACGCUGAUAAUCCGAUCAGGUUUUAGUCAAAAGGCUGCUCCUUUUAACGGCGGUGGACGAUGCUAACGCGAUCUGAAAGACGAAGACCUCCGAAGUAUGAAAUGUAAAUAAGAUGGCUGUCAACCAAGUGUUCUGUAGAUCGUGUUCUUGAUUAUCGUGAAUCCAUUUAAGCUUCGCUCGCGCAACACUCCGAUGUAACCGCAAUCAUUGCACCUUUUUGAACAAACACUACGAUCAAAAAACAGAUGCGCAUCUUGGUGGCUGUUCGUCCACGUGAACAAGCAUUCUUCCGCAUUUUAUAUCUGACUGUUCUGAGGUUUGCUUAGUUUUAUUUAGAGAUUUUGUCGUUUUUAACUGUAAAUAGCUACGAUCACUUUCACGCGACAGUCCACGCACACUUCUAAAACACUAACAGAGUAAACCGCGUCUUUGCCCGACGACUGUCUUCCGACACGUACACUCGGCGCUAGCUACUGUCUGAGUGUGCAGCGGUGCUCAUUGAAAUAUUAAGUCAAACAAGGCAAGAAAUGUAAAUAACGCAACUCUAUCCAGAGUAUUUUUAGUGAUGAUGUCAACAACGCUAACAGUGUGUCCUUCUAACGCAAAGUGUGUUGUGGUUUUAGCCAAGUUUAGACGAGUUUGAGCAGGUUGCGAGUCACAGGAGGCCCAGGAUUCGACCAACGCAAAGAUCGAAAACAAUCACUUCCAGCCAGAAAUGUUCGUUGCCGAUUCCAAAGAUAUUUUUUUAACGCGUUCCAUUUUUACAAUCCCGAUGUAAAUCAGCCUUGGUGUGAACGAACCGUAUAAGCUAACUAAGUGUUUUUAUGACUUUGAGUGACUAACCUGGGCUUUUGAGCCAACAAGGUUUCCGGACAGACAAGCAAGCGGUUCUUUUUCAAGCGCUCCGAUGUUUACGUCGUCUCCGACGGACACACUGACCCGCGCCGCGGCCCGAUUCUCCAUGUUUACACUACAGCCACGACUUUAACUGACGGAAGGCUUGCAGCGCGCAGCAGGAGCCGCGGCCGCCUCCUGACGCCAGCGUGCUGGCGCCAUCUGUAGCAGUAGAACUAAUCACCCAACGUUCAAGGACGUCUUUGUAUUUAGUUUUUUUUAAAUGCACAGGAAAUUAAUUUCUACAAGUGAUGAUCUUUUUUCGUAGAAAUGUGCAUGAACUUUAGAAGCAUCAAUUCUGUUACAUCAUAUUUGUCUAUAUCUGCAUUAUCAGACCUUGAAAUUGGCUUGAAAUAAAGUAUAUUCUUUUGUGGUAACACCUGUGUGUGUGUGUGUGUGUGUGUGUG